CUGCUUGAAGAUGUAUGGGCCCUGCACGAUUCAGGAAUCAUGAUCUCCUGGCUGGAGCGAAUGUUGGCAAAAGGACAACGACUGUUAUUAGGUUAGGACACAAGUGACUCUUUCUAGAUCUGAGCCCAUGAUAGUAAAGCUGUAAUUAUAAAAACCGCUCUAAGAUCUCGGUAUCCCGGAUGGGGCAGUUCCGAAGAAUAUGACGUCACCGCUGACUGGGGCAAUAAAUCAACAACACCUGGCAAAUUUCUCCUUCUCUUCCUCCUCCUCCUUCUCCAAUUGUCCCACAUUGUGAAUCGAGAUGAUCCCUCGCCAGGCGUUCAAGCCAUAUCUGGCCGAAUUCCUCGGUACUGCCCUGUUGAUUGUGAUUGGUGAUGGAGUCGUCGCCCAAUGCCUGCUGUCCGACUACCAAUAUGGCACCUGGUUAUCCAUUAACCUCGCCUGGGCCUCGGCGGUCUGUCUCUCCUGCUACUUAUCCGAUCCUAGCCCAACCAUCAACCCCGCUGUGACUCUCUGCCUGGCGAUCGUACGUCCAUCGGCAGGACAGUGGAAAAGGAUCCCGGCCAAGCUGGCGGCACAGUUCCUGGGCGGCUUCGUGGGUGCUGCCAUCGUCUACAUCAAUUACCGCUCCGCCAUCCAUGCCUGGGACCCCGAAUAUACUAUUCCCGGGGGAUCAAUCCUGAGCCCGCGCGGCCACCAUUCUGCCGGGAUCUUCUCGACCUAUCCCGCGGCCGUCUUCGAAUCCAAUUGGGAGGCUGCGUUUUCCGAGAUGUUGGGCGCCGCUGUGCUGAUGUUUGGCUCGCUCAGUAUCUCAGAUCCAGGGAAUGCCCAUCGGUUUCCGGCUCCGCAGAUGUCUCUUUUCGUGCUUCUGCUGAUGAUCGGGGCGGCCUUGGGGUGGCAGACUGGUUACGCUAUUAAUCCCGCCAGAGACUUUGGUCCGAGAUUGUUCUCGGCAAUUAUUUAUGGCAGGGAAGUCUUUACCGCAGCCAACUACUAUUUUCUAGUUCCGCUUUUUGCCCCGAUUGUCGGCUGUAUUAUCGGCGCCACAACCUACGACGCCAUGCUAUUUGAAGGAGACGGAUCGUGGAUUGCGGAUACACUGGACAAAGCGGAGGGUCGCGGGUCCCUGCGACUGGAGGAGUGAUUGAUGGUUGCGCUUGGAAGAGCUAAAUGAUAGACUUUGCUAGAACAGUGUUAGAAUUAGAGAUAUAGACUGUGUAUAGGGUGAACGGAAGGAGUGAAUUAUAAGAUUAGAUUAAUCUGGCGAUCUAGAUGAUGCAAAAACCAUCCCAUGGAAGAUUCAUGCAUUUAGCAAGGCAAUUAUCCGGAUAUUGUAUCGAUUGUACCCUG